UUGUGUUUUAAUUUAAGGUUUGAUGGAAACUUCAACACCAAUGUCUCCAAGACCAUCUGCUGCGACAGACUUUCCCCCAACGUCAACAGCCGAGCUUUCAACCCGGGCCGGGACCUCAACUCAGUGUUGGCAGACAACCUGAAGUCCAACCCGGGGAUAAAGUGGCAGUACUUCAGCUCAGAGGAGGGCAUCUUCACCGUCUUCCCGGCCCACAAGUUUCAGUGCAAGGGAAGUUACGAGCACCGCAGCAGGCCCGUGUAUGUGUCUGCGGUGCUACCCCAAUCCAAACACAUCGUGGUGAUGGUGGACCACGGCGCGUCUGUAACUGACACCCAGCUUCAGAUCGCCAGAGACUCGGCGCUGGUCAUCCUCAACGCCGCCGAUGAGCACGACAAGAUCUCCAUUUUGUCCGUGGCCGAGGCGGUUCGCUCCUGUUCCCUGGACCAGUGCUAUAGGAGUUUGCUCUCUCCGGCCACCAGCGAGACCAAGAGGAAGAUGAGCACCUUCGUCUCCAACAUCAAGGCGUCCGACGGAGCCACACAGCACGCGGCGGGCUUCCAGAAGGCCUUCCAGCUGAUCCGGAACACCAGCAGCGUCUGCAGGCAGAGCGCGACCACAGACAUGGUGAUCAUCUACCUGUCGUCUGGCAUCACGUCUCGAGAUUCGUCGGAGCAGGAGAAGAGAGCGACGCUCAGUGUGGUCAGAGAGGAGAACCGACACCUCAACAACUCGGUCAUGAUCCUCACGUACGCUCUUAUGAACGAGGGAGUAACGGGCCUGAAGGAGCUGGCCUUCUUGAGGGAUCUCGCGGAGCAGAAUUCGCUGAAGUACGGCGUCGACCGAAUGUCGGGCCGAGACCGCUCGUCCGGGUCGGGAGGAGCUCCCGUGAUGCCGGUGGUGAAGGGAAGCAUGAUGGUCCUGAACCAGCUGAGUAACCUGGAGACCACGGUGGGCCGCUUCUACAUCAACCUCCCCAACCGCAUGAUGGACCUGGCCCGCUUCAGCCUGCCCUACACUGACCCCAUGGGAGACGGUUUUAUUAUGACCGUGAGCCGGCCGUGUUAUUUUGGAAACCUUCUCCUGGGCGUGGUCGGGGUGGAUGUGAACCUGGCGUACAUCUUGGAGGACGUCACCUACUACCAAGACUCACUGGCCUCGUACACCUUCCUCAUCGACAACAAAGGUUACACCCUGAUGCAUCCAUCACUGACGCGGCCCUACUUAAUGACAGAGCCCCCCCUUCACACUGACAUCAUCCACUAUGAGAACAUCCCAGGGUUCCCUGCUGUGCGGCAGAACAUCCUCGGCCUCCCUCUGGGCAGUCAGGUCAUUUCUGUCCCGGUCAACUCGUCUCUGUCCUGGCACACCAACCGACUCCGGGACAACAGCAGAGACGCGUACAACGUCAGCUACGCAUGGAAACUGGUUCAGGACACGUCGUUCAUCCUUUGCAUCGUGUACGUGCAACCGGAGAUCCCAGUGAAGCACCUGAAGAACCUCAACACAGUCCCCAGCUCCAAGUUACUGUACCAUCGUCUGGACCUGCUGGGUCAGCCCAGCUCCUGCCUGCACUUCAAACAGCUGGCCACUGUUGAGUCCCCCACUGUGAUGUUGGCAGCUGGUAGUUUCUCUUCUCCCUACGAGCACCUCAGCCAGCCAGAGACCAAGCGCAUGGUGGAGCACUACACGGCCUACCUGAGUGAUAACACCAGGCUCAUAGCCAACCCGGGCCUCAAGUCGUCAGUCAGGAACGAGGUUAUGGCGACCAGUCACGUCACGGAUGAGUGGAUGACACUAAUGGAAAUGAGUAGCCUCAACUGCUACAUUGUGCGCCGUUACAUAGCAACGCCCAGUGGGGUGCUCCGGAUUUACCCGGGAUCACUGAUGGACAAAGCCUUCGACCCCACCCGCAGACAAUGGUACCAGCAUGCAGUAGCUAACCCCGGCCUCAUCACCUUCACCGGACCGUACCUGGAUGUGGGCGGGUCGGGCUACGUUGUGACCAUCAGCCACACCAUUCAUGCCUCCAGCUCUCAGAUGGCCCCCGGAUAUGCAUUUGCAGUGAUGGGCAUAGACUUCACCCUCCGCUACUUCUAUAAGGUCCUGCUGGACCUGCUGCCCAUCUGCAACCAGGACAAGGGCAACAAGAUCAGGUGCUUCAUAAUGGAAGACAGAGGGUACCUGGUCGCUCACCCCACUCUCAUUGACCCCAAAGGUCAUGCCCCUGCAGAGCAACAGCACAUCACACACAAGGAGCCGCUGGUGGCCAACGACAUCCUUAACCAUCCCAACUUUGUCAAGAAGAACCUGUGUAACAGCUUCAGUGACCGCACCGUGCAGCGCUUCUACAAGUUCAACACCAGUAUCAUGGGAGACCUAACCAACCUGGUGCACGGUAGCCAUUGUUCCAAGUACCGUCUGACCCGGAUCCCCGGCACCAACGCCUUUGCUGGUAUCGUCAACGAGACGUGUGACUCUCUGGCGUUCUGCGCCUGCAGCACCGUGGACCGCCUGUGUCUCAACUGCCACAGAAUGGAGCAGAAUGAAUGCGAGUGUCCUUGUGAGUGUCCCCUGGAGGUCAAUGAGUGUACUGGCAACCUCACCAAUGCUGAAAACAGGAACCCCAGCUGCGAGGUGCAUCAGGAGCCUGUCAGCCUGAAUGUGAUUGAUCCCAGUCUGCAGGAUACGCUGCCCCAGUGCAUCAACACUCGCUGUAACCAGAGAUACACCAGCAGUGACUGUUUCGGUGUGCUGGACUGUGAGUGGUGCAUGGUGGACAGUGAUGGUAAAACUCACCUGGACAAGCCUUACUGUGCCCUUCAGAAGGAAUGUUUCGGGGGCAUCGUCGGCGCCAAGAGCCCCUACGCGGACGGCCUGGGGCUCCUGGCCGACGAGGAGGUGGCUUCUCUGAACAUGAUCAAGAGCGCCCCCGUGGGUCCGGUCGCUGGGGGCAUCAUGGGAUGCAUCAUGGUGUUGGUGCUGGCUGUGUACGCGUACAGACACCAGAUCCACAGGCGUUCCCACCAGCACAUGUCACCACUGGCAGCACAGGAAAUGUCGGUGAGAAUGUCCAACCUGGAUAACGACCGAGAUGAGAGGGACGAAGACAGCCACGAGGACAGAGGAAUCAUCAGCAACACUCGGUUCAUCGCCGCGGUGAUCGAGCGGCACACGCACACGCCGGAACGGAGACGGAGGUACUGGGGUCGAUCCGGGACAGAGAGCGACCACGGCUACAGCACCAUGAGUCCGCAGGAGGACAGCGAGAACCCGCCCGGGAACAACGACCCGCUCUCGGCCGGAGUGGACGUCGGUAACCACGACGACGACCUUGACCUAGACACGCCCCCUCAGACGGCGGCGUUGCUCAGCCACAAGUUUCACCCCUACCGGCACACGCACCACCACCCGCUGCACGUGCACACGCACCACCUGCAGGCCGCGGUCACCGUGCACAGCGUGGACGCCGAGUGCUGAUCGCCGGCGCCGCGUUCGCCCGUCAUGCCGGGGACCCGAACUGCUUUCUGUUUUUAAAGAAAGAGAAAAGAAAAAAGAAACGAUUUAAAAAAACAUUCGUGCCUGAUUAGACGGCGCACAGUAGGUACCGUCGAAGGGCGGAGGGAGAGCGAAGCGACAGCCGGACUCGCACCGCCAAAGCCGCCGGGAGCUCUUCCAUCGUUUGACGUUUAAUGUGGGCCUUCGCCUCAUUGUCUCAUUGUGCCAACAUCUCAUUUUCAACCAACACCCCAUCCCCCCCCCCCCCAACCCCAA